CUCAGGAACAAGUCAACAUGGACCAGGCUUUCCCCACUAUACAGAUUUUGGACUGAAGACACUCAGGAAUAAGAAUCUUAUAAUCUGGAUUAUCAAUGUUUAUCAUCCCGCUGUGAUUUAAUUCCUGAGAUGAACUCUUUGAAGAAGCAGGGACAGUUUCAGACAGAGAAACCUGUUAUCUUGGAGUGCGUCUCACCCCGGGAUCUUGGCUCUCACUCGGUCACUAAUGACAGCGACUACACCCAGCCGAACUGAUAAGCAACGGGAACAAAUCAGUACCUGGAAAAUCUCAGCUCACCACUUGGUCGCCAUGUCCGGGGAAGCAGAGACACCUGAGGAGAAAGACUGGAGUCAACUUGAACCCAACUAUCCUCUUAAAAUCUUCCUGACAGUCUUGUACAGCCUCAUCUUGGUUACGGGUAUUGUGGGUAACUCGGUAACCAUCAGAGUGACACAGGUGCUGCUGCGUAAUGGCUACCUGCAGAAGAAUGUGACUGACCACAUGGUGAGCCUGGCGUGCUCCGACCUCCUGGUGCUCCUCAUCGGCAUGCCGGUGGAACUCUACAGUGCCAUAUGGUUCCCGUUCACAUCCGCAUCUGGCAACGCUGCUUGUAAGAUAUACAACUUUCUCUUUGAGGCAUGCAGCUACGCUACCAUCCUUAACGUAGCUACACUUAGCUUCGAACGCUAUGUGGCCAUCUGCCACCCGUUUCGCUUCAAAGCCUUUGCUGAAAAACGCACAUCUGCCCUCAUCACAUUUGCUUGGCUCGUGUCCGUGCUUGUGGCGCUGCCAUUGCUGACGGCCACAGGAACUGAGGGCCACAUUCCACUUCUAGCAAGCACACCUGUCCAGAAUCUGACCUUCUGCACAAACCUGAGAGACCACUGGGUGAUGUACAGGGUCAGCAUCUUUCUGGCUUUCAUCGUCUACAUGAUAGUGCUGAUCUGUGUGGCUUUCAUGUGCCGGGCUAUGGUCUUGGUCCUGAGGAAAUCCUUAGGUUCCGUGGAUGGAGGAGUCAGCGGAAUUCAAAAAGCAGCCAAACAUGAAAAUUCAAAGGUCAAGAGUGCCAGGAAGCAAACCAUCCUUUUUCUUGGUCUCAUUGUGGCGUCCUUGAUGGUUUGCUGGCUUCCCAACCAGGUUCGUCGUCUUAUGAUGGCCAGUGUGUCCAAGUCCAAGUGGACGGCCUUCUACUUCCGCACCUACAUCACCCUUCACCCUGUGGCUGACACCUUCUUCUACCUCAGCUCCGUCCUCAACCCCUUCCUGUACAACCUGUCCUCCAGACAGUUCAGGGAGGUGUUUGUCCAAGUGCUGCGGUGCCGCCUCACCAUCCAGCAUGUCAACAAGCACACGGUGCCAAUCUCUCAAGCCUCCUCCGCGCGCUCUUUACGACCCCUACUCUUCAAGUCUCUGCGUCGCAGCAGGUGGAGUAACUCCCCACAAGAAGAAGAGAAAAAACCGCCCUCCUUCUCAACCUUUCAGCCUCAAAGCGACUCAGGAGUGGCUUCAAACGUGCCAGAGUCCAUCAGCAUGACUGAAGAGUCGGAUUCCACUUUCAAACCAAAGAUAAAUAUUCCAGCAGAGAGUGAGAUAUAAAAUGCUGCACAGUUUAAUACAACUCCGGCUCAAGUUCAGAUGGUGCAAGACGCUUUAGUCGAGGACACAGGGACAGUCCUGACACCAAAUCAACACAGAAUAGAGUCAGACGUUUUCAGGAAAGGACAAAGUGACCUGGUAACAGAAAAACAACAGAAAGGUUUCUUACUGGCAGCGGCGGCUCCAAACAUUAGUGAGGCAGUCAAAGCUGCCAAAGGGUGGUAACAAAGGCUGAUAGUCACAUGCACAAGUGCACCGUAUCUGAAUAUUGUUGCUUUAAACAAGGUCUUGGACGCCUUGGCCUUGAGGCUUCAAAGCUUCAGUCAUCUCAAGAAAAUUCAAGGAAUUUCAAGGCAUGUGGAACUGCUGUGGCACAAACUCAUCUUUCUGGAGAGUCGUGACAAUAUGAUAUAGUUUGAGCUCAGAUGUUAAGAGUA